AUUUCAGGUAAUGGAUCACAAAUACAUUUGACAUCACAUUCCUCAUCAUGACAGUCUCCCGACAUCGUCUAAUUGCUGUCUUUGGUUUUCUCCUUCUCGGAGUGCUUCAGACCAUUAUUGGAGCUCCCACUUCCUAUGAAGAUGACCAGGACUUCCAGUACUUCAGACAGAACCUCCUUUAUCAAGUCCAGCAAACUGAAUCAAAUCUCAAUACAACAAAGGAUGAAUUUGUCAAGAAAUCAAAAACUUACAACCUUUUGGAAGAUGGUGUAAUUGAAUCAAACCUGACUUCAUGUUUUGAUCAAAUAGUUGCGGCACAUGCAGAAGAUUUUGAUCCGUAUUGCAUUUCUCAAAUCAAUAUGACUGUACUGCAGAUCAUCUCCGAUAGUCAGAAAGAGUUGGAAGCUUGCACAAAUUUAACCUACAGCUGGCAACAGAUAGGUGUCAUUCUUGAUCAAGCAGAUGUUUCCAUAAAACACUUAGACACUGUUGUGAACCUGAUUCUACAACAUGCUUUACGUUGUGUGCCUCGAUAUUCAAGAAAUUCUAUUUUGAAGAUCAUGUGCUUUCAUAAUGCCCACGAUGUUUACCAAUAUGAAUUUAAUGCAGCUGCUUCCCUCGCUGAAGAAGCGAAGUACCUUAUAUCUGGAGGAGAGCUGAAAGUAGACGCUGAGUCAUCAGGCUGUCAAACAUUUGAGAAUUUAUCAUUUAAGGAUAAAUGUCAAGUAAUCAUUAACAAAGUAACAGAAAUGUGCGUUAUAUCAACGACACCAACCACAUCAACAGAGCCCCCUACCACAACAGAGCCACCUACCACAACAGAGGCCCCUACCACAACAGAGCCCCCUACCACAACAGAGGCCCCCACCACAACAGAGCCCCCUACCACAACACAACCUUCUACCACAAAAGAGCCCCCUACCACAACAGAGGCCCCUACCACUAAAGAGCCCCCUACCACAACACAACCUUCUACCACAAAAGAGCCCCCUACCACAACAGAGGCCCCCACCACAACAGAGCCCCCUACCCCAACACAACCUUCUACCACAAAAGAGCCCCCUACCACAACAGAGCCCCCUACCACAAAAGAGCCCCCUACCACAACAGAGUCCCCUACCACAACACAACCUUCUACCACAAAAGAGCCCCCCACCUCAAAAGAACCCCCUACCACAACAGAGCCCCCUACCACAACAGAACCUCCUACCACAACAGAGCCCCCUACCACAAAAGAGCCCCCUACCACAACAGAGUCUCCUACCACAACACAACCUUCUACCACAAAAGAGCCCCCCACCUCAAAAGAACCCCCUACCACAACAGAGCCCCCUACCACAAAAGAGCCCCCUACCACAACAGAGCCCCCUACCACAACAGAGUAUCAUACCACAACACAACCUUCUACCACAAAAGAGCCCCCUACCACAACCGAGCCCCCUACCACAACAGAACCUCCUACCACAACAGAGCCCCCUACCACAACAGAGCCCCCUACCCCAACAGAGUCUCCUACCACAACACAACCUUCUACCACAAAAGAGCUUCCCUAACACAACAAAGCCCUCUACCACAACAGAGUCCCCGACCACAUAACAGAGCCCCCUACCACAACAGAGCCCCCUACCACAAAAGAGC